AUGACGUGAUCCAUCUGCCAGUGCAGGUCUCCAGGAGAGAUAAAAGGAUUCGGGCACAGGGUAGAGGAGCAUCGGAAUGGCAUUCAGGGCAAAGGCAGGCGUGUGGAUGGCAGGGCCCUGGCUGUCUCUGCGAGGGCCACGGGCACUGGCCACCAGAGCCUCUCUGGCGCCCAAGGCGGUGCUGCCCUUCGAAGCCAUACCCCAGAGUCGCCACAACAGCUGGUUGAGGAUGCUGCAGAUCUGGAAGGAGCAGGGCUAUGAGAACCUUCACCUGGAGAUGCAUCAGAACUUCCAGGAGCUGGGGCCCAUUUUCAGGUAUGACACAGGAGGAACACGAACGGUGUCUGUGAUGCUGCCGGAGGACGCGGAGAGACUGCAGGAGGUGGAGAGUCUGCACCCACGCCGGAUGCUCGUGGAGCCCUGGCUGACCUACAGACAACACCGGGGGCACAAAUGUGGCGUGUUCUUGCUGAACGGGCCUGAAUGGCGCUUCAACCGAUUGCAGGUGAACCCAUAUGUGCUGUCGCCAAAGGCUGUCCAGAAGUAUAUUCCCAUGGUGGAUAUGGUGGCAAGGGAUUUCUCCCAGGCCCUGAAGGAGAAGGUGCUACAGAAUGCCCAGGGCAGGCUGACCCUGGACAUCCAGCCCAGCAUCUUCUACUACACCAUAGAAGCCAGCAACUCAGCACUUUUUGGAGAGCGGCUGGGCCUCCUUGGCAAUAACCCCAGCCAUGCCAGCCUGAAGUUCAUCCAUGCCCUGGAGGCCAUGUUCAAAUCCACCGUACAGCUCAUGUACAUGCCCAGGAGCCUGUCCCGCUGGACCAGCACCAAGACGUGGGAAGAGCACUUUGAGGCCUGGGACUACAUCUACCAGUAUGGUGACAAAUGCAUCCAGAAAACCUAUUCAGAGCUGGUAGGUGGCUGCCCUUCUCAACACUAUCGCAGUGUCCUUGCAGAGCUGCUGUUGCAUGGAGACUUGUCAGCGGAUGCCAUCAAAGCCAAUGCCAUGGACCUCAUUGCGGGGAGCACAGACACGACCUCCUUCCCCUUGCUGAUGACAUUCUUCGAGCUGGCUCGCAACCCUGAAGUGCAGCAGGCACUACGCCAGGAGAGCCUGGCAGCCCAGGCCAGCAUCACUGACAAUCCCCAGAGGGCAUUGGUGGAGCUGCCCCUGCUGCGGGCCGCCCUCAAGGAGACCCUGAGGCUCUACCCCGUGGGCCUCAUCCUGGAGCGACUCCUGUCCUCAGACAUGGUGCUGCAGAACUACCACAUCCCAGCUGGGACACUGGUCCAGGUGUUCCUCCAUUCGCUGGGUCGCCACUCCGCCUCCUUCCCGAGGCCAGAGCGCUAUGAGCCCCAGCGCUGGCUAGAGGUCAAGGGUUCCAGCACAAACUUCCGCCACGUGGCCUUUGGCUUUGGCGUGCGCCAGUGCCUGGGGCGGCGCCUGGCAGAGGUGGAGAUGCUGCUCCUGCUGCACCACGUGCUGAAAACCUUCCUGGUGGAGACACUAAACCAAGAGGAUGUAAGGAUGGUGUACCGCUUCAUGUUGAGGCCCACCGCUCUCCCCCUCUUCACCUUCAGGGCCAUCAACUAGUCACCCCUCAGCACCGAGGGUCCCAGCCUUGCCACCUGCGCCCCUCUGCCAUGGCCCCGGGCCACCCUUCUUCUCUCUGUGUGCAUUAUGUGCUGGGCCACACCUCUCUCCAGCCGGCCCCUGCUCACAUGGAACACCCUAGGCCCUCCAGGGCCAGGGCUUGCCAGGCUAUACAGCAAGGUCAGAGCAGAGCUGGGGAUUCUCUUCCUGGCAGGACCUGGCCUUGUCCCCUACCCCACUUGGCUCCUUCUCCAGCCGGCAGUAUUUUUUGAGUGAUUUAUCCACAUCCCCCCCAGGACUGGCUCCAAGCUCCUCUCAUGACCAUUCAUGAGCCCUCAGAUUCAGUGUCUGGUGUCACAUACUCCCUGUAUUCCUGUCCCUGCGUCUUGCAGGAGCCAUUCAUGUGUGUUCCCACUCCUGCUUCCUUGUCAUUGCACAUGCUGUGCUCUUGGCUUGGAAUGCUCUUAUCUGGACUUGACCUGUUGUAUACAAGCUUUUCCGUUGUUAUUUCCAGCUACCACUUCUGCUCUGUCCCCUGGGACUCUUUGUAGCAAUACCAGUCCUCUCUGACUGUGGCAAAAGCCUCCAGGCUGAGCUUGGAAAGUGUCUGCAGUGGGUGGUUGUUAGAAUAGCCAUUGAUUCUGCAUAAGUGUUCAUCUGUGCCAUAAGAUCCUGAUCUAGGAAGCAGGAAAGAUUGUGAACGCAGCUAGUUGGUGGGGUUUACCAAGCAGAAACUUCUGGAAGAAUGUGGUGGGCCCAUCUCUUCCAGGAACAGCCCUGUGUUACCCUUCAUGGAGUUCUUCGUCUCAAGUGUCCAGCUGCCCCACACAGUGAUCCAUAGGCAAGCUAAUCCUGGCCUUGUAGCAACCCAUAAACAAGAGAAAAAUGCCACACCAUGUCACUGGUGGAAGAAGCUUUGAACAUUGGGGUGCUGGCCUGAGGUCACAGAUUUUGCAGGAAGAGUCUCUCCCGAUGCUGCCUGGGGCCAGUGACAUCCCCAUGUGGACCAUUGCCAAGAGGCAAGGCUGGGUGGUAGAGUGUACUCCACUAUUGCCCUCACUGCCCCACCCAUCCCCUGUGGUGGGCACCAGGCACUCAGUGGACACUGAGGCAAUGAGUGGGGAGAGGGGACGGUCCUGCUGGUACUGAGCAUCCUGGUGGCAUCCUGUUUGGUCCCUGGAACUCGCAGAUAAGGAAAAGGAUUUGCAGGUUCUUUGCCCCUCCACAAUCCAGUGGGAGAGCUGCCUGCCUGAAGCAUGCCAGGGGCCUUUGAAGGUACCUGGAAGAACUGGGGAGAAGAGAGAAGGUUUCAGGCACCAUGGCUACACAGGCACAGACUGGAACCCUAGUCUGUCACAGGGGCCCAACUCUUAAGCCUUCUGUGCCUCAGUUUCUUCACAUGGGAAUUCCAUGUAAUAAUUCCCAUUUUA